AUCAACCACUCUCAUUUCCCACCCACCCACCACCUCUCCACAUUUGUCAUUACAACCAAAACUAUGGCAACAUUUUCUCUUACAUCCUCACUCACAUUCCUCUCUUUGCUACUUGUCCUAACUCCAACUGGGUUUGCCACCGCCGGCGCUGCUGCCGCCACCAACCCUGCCGCCAGCUUUAUUAGAACUUCUUGCCGCGCCACCACGUACCCAGCUGUAUGUGUCCAGUCACUGUCGACAUACGCCACGGUCAUUCAAAAAAGCCCGAAACAAUUGGUCAUGACCGCAUUGUCUGUGAGCGUCGACAGAGCCCAAUCCACCAAGACCUUUGUGUCCAAGCUCACUAAAUUCCGUGGGCUGAAGCCCAGAGAGUACGCGGCCAUCAAGGACUGCCUUGAGGAGGUGAGCGACAGCGUGGACCGGCUAAGCAAGUCGGCCCAGGAGCUCAAGAGAUUGGGCCGGGCUGGAGGGCCCGAAUACAUAUGGCACUUGAGCAAUCUGCAGACGUGGGUGAGUGCCGCCCUGACGGACGAUAGCACUUGCUUGGAUGGGUUCUCGGGCCGGGCCUUGAACGGUAGGAUCAAGACGUCGAUCCGGGCCCGAAUGACUAAUGUGGCUCAGGUGACCAGUAAUGCACUUGCACUUUGCAACAAGUAUGCUGGCAAGUACUGAUUGAGGUGGGAGAGUUUAGCCUUUGUGUUAAUGUGUUUGAGAAGUCCAGAAUAAGUUGGGCUGAGUGUACUGUGUGUGUUUUUGUUUUGAUGUAUGAUUUAUGUUGUAACUUACUCAAUUUUGUAACAUAUAUAUAUAUAAGCAAUGUCAUACUCAAAUGGAGUGGAGGUUCUGUUUCUCCUUCUCUGUGUCUUUUUCUUA